CGGUUGCUAGGUGACGACGUCCAAACUGCACCCUUGCGCACACGUCUCGUCCCGGCUGGUGGCGGAGGUCCUGGCGGAGCCGGAGUGAAGUCGGGGACCCGCCUGGAUUCGUGAGACCUGCCGCACCCGCUGGCCCUGGCAUCUGCGGUGGCGGCGGGUGGAAGUGGGACGGGAGGUUCGGCGGCAGGAGCGCCUACGAAGCCGACCAACAGGGUCCUGCCCUGGGAAGAUGGCCUACUACGGAAAAUGCAUUGAAACUGUCAUUGAACAAUUGAACAAAUUUAAGCCCGAGAAGGACAGUCAUGAGCAGUUCCUGGAGGCUGCAUCCGCCACCCUGCAGACUCUGAGCCCCCAGAAGCAGGCAUUCAUUUUGGAGGUCCUGUCCGGGUGCCUCGAGUACCGGAAGCUGCUGGCCGUGGUGGUGGACGCCUUCUACGUGCGGGCCGGCCGGCUCUGCCCACGGGCCGACUACAACCUCUUCGAGGUGAUCUGCUACCUGGCCACGUUCCAGCUGGAGGAACUCGGCUUUCAGCUCUUCUGUGACAUUGUCCGGGCCCAGCCCGUGGACAAGAUGCACAAGUUCCUCGGGUUCUUCUUCAAUCCCUUAAACCUGUGCUCCUGGAUCAAGGAUGAGUGGAGCCUCAUCUAUGAGACCGCCCAUGUGAGAGAGAACUGGAUCGACCCCCUGAUGAGAUGGCAGCCAGAGGUCCAGGAGCUGAUCCACCAGCUGGAGGAAGUGAUGGCCAUUCAGCCCCCUCUCUCAAAGAGCAAGGCCAAGGUCACAGAGCCCAAGGAGUUCAACCUGACUGUCCCCCGGCCCCGCGCCAUUCCAGUCCCCGAGCCGGUCCCUGUCGUGGCCAAGUCAAAACCAAUCCCCAGGAGCACCUACCAGCCGCCCAAGGAGCGGCAGCUGCUAGAGAUGACCAAGAGAUUUAAUCGCUGGAAGGCCGAGGAGCUGCUGCUAAAGGCGAACAUCGAGGAGAUGCGGUGUGCGGUGCCCAGGCCCUGCCUUCUACAGGCCUCCAAGAAGAAGCUGCAGCUCCAGUCCAUGCCCCGAAUCCUUAAGACUCCAAAGCUGACCUUCUACAAGCCUAAUGAGGUCCCGGUCAAGCUGAACACCGCUGCCAUCCUCCGAGAAGGCUCUUUAUACCAGCGGCAGGUGGAGCAAGAGCUGCAGAGGGUGGAUAAGCUUGUGGACGGAGCCGGGGACUUCUCUGAGUUCCUCGAGUGGCAGAAGGAGAUGCAGGCGAAGGACCGGGAGGAGGAACUGGCCGCAAGUGCGUGCCGGAGGCUGCAGGGGAAGCUGAGCCGCGAGGAGGCCAUCCUGGCCCGGCAGCACCUCACGCAGGAGAACAAGCAGAAGGCCGACCAGAAGAAGGAGGAGAUGGCUGAGCUGAAGCAGCAGUGUGCUGAGAGGCGCCUCCAGGAGGAAAGGUCCAUGAAGGAGCUGGUGGAGCAGGUGACAGAGGUGCAGAAGAAUGUUAAGCUGGCGCAGAUGAAGCUCCUGAAGAGCCGAAGGCAGAUAGUUCAGGAGGUGAUAGAGGAGAGCCGGGAGCUGCUGCAGCGCACUCUACAGGCAGCCAAGGAGGAGCAGAAGGAGCGCUGCGAGCUCGUCUCCCAGCUUCGGGCCCUGGAGACCCAGCCCGUGCGCAAGGGCAAGCUCGUGGACCUGACCCAGAUCCCUGGGUAUGGCCUGGAAGGGGAGAUGUCUGUGGUGGAGCUUCGUGAGCGGCUGGCCCUGCUCAAGGAGACCCAGCGGCGCGAAGAGGAAGAGAAGCGAGACCAGAUCAUCCAGGGCAAGCGCGCCAGAAGCCAGGAACUGCAGAAUAUGGUGGAGCAGAUCUCACUGUGCCGCGCGGCCAUGGGGAGGUCUGCGGCCUUGAGGUGGGAGGAGAGGAAAGCCCGGUCUGCGGCCCCGGGGACGCCCUCGCGGGACGAGCGCGUGCUGGAGCUGCAGCGCAAGAUCCAAGAGAAGGUGGCGGAGCGCCGCCGCACGCAGGCAGCCCCGAAGCCGGCGUCGGCGCCGGGACCCGCGCGCCCUCGGCCGUGGGUGAGCUCCGGGAGCUGGCGGGAGGCUGGGGGCCCGGCGUCCUCGGGGGGCGGGGGAGGCCGCGGAUGGGGGCGCAGGGUCGCUGGGCCCGCGCCGACCUCGCCGAGGGCCCGUCCGCAGGCGCACUUGGAGGAGCGGCACUGGCAGGAGCUGCAGCGGAGCCGGGAGCGCCGGCUGCGGGCGCUGCUGCUGAGUAGCUCGGCCGGCGGGCCCGGGCGCCGCCUGGAGGCCGCCUGA